CCAUCAGCUGUCAAUAUUUUUGACAUAACCUUCAAAACCGAGUUAAAAUGGUUAAAGUCUGUUUAAAAUUUUGGUGUCAAUAGUGUUAAUUAAGUGAUACCCGGUGAUUUUGUAUUUAUUUCUUUAAGUGUCAGCUAGAGUGUUGAAGGGUUAAAUUUCAAUUAAAGCGAAAUUUAUUACCUUUGUCGGUUUUUGUUAAAAGUUCGAAACAUUCGAAGUGAAUUCGUUUGAUGUAUUUUGUCGAGAGAUCUUUAUUGAUCAGUGAUAUUUAACAGUAUUUAUUAUGGAAAAUGCUUCAUCGAAUAAGGUAUUUCAGAAUCCCGAAUUGAAAGCAUUGGAGGACCUGAAACUUACGAUUAAAAACGAAGGAAUUAGUGUGCCUAUUCCUGCUUUAGAUAAACAUUGGAUUGUAAAACGUUGUUUUUUACACUACGAGGCUCCAUCAUUUGAUGAUUCGCGCGGAAAAGAAAUUGUUGGUGCCAGAGAACAUUGGCUGGAACUCGUCGGUUACAUUAUCGACGAUUUGCUCUGGUUACUCAAACUUCCGUAUUUCAGAUUCUGGUCCAACGUAGUUUACAACACAGGAAUAAUGGAAAUGUUGAUAUCAUUUCUCCAAGAGGCUCCACCUUAUUAUGCCAUUGACGAUUUUCCAAGCAACCCCCAAGUUCGGGAUCAACUUAACAAUUUGCGUCGUUACGUUCUCAUGAUUUUUGCAAGACUCGUCACAAACAAGGAAAGUCCUUCCGAGCACAUGUCCCGUUCAUUUCACGGCAAUUUGCUUUACAACAACUACAUUUUUACGGUUCCAAUUAUACUGGACCUGUGUCAACAAUACGGCCGAGAGAACAAAAGAACUGUCGAUAAAAUUUUAAAAAGCCUCUUUACUCUUCAGCCGCUUUACAUGGAAGAUUUCAAGAGGGCUGUUUCAUUUUUAGAGCAGGUAUUUUCGACAGUCGAGAAGAGAUUUGAGGAUUGCCCGACUACAUUCGGAGAAGCGAUGCUUUUAAUGGAGAAAGAUUCUUGCGAUAUUUCUCUGCCUGCUUUAGAAGAUUUAAUUGUUCAUCUUCUAGAUACGUCUUCCAAUCUUGCCGUUUUUCUAGAAAAUUAUCCACCGGCGACAGAACUUUUCCAAGCGGAGAAUUUCAUAACCAAAGUAGUGUCUGUUUAUGCGAACACAAUACCUGAAAUGUACAAAAGGCUGAAUUAUUUCGCACUUCAGGACGAAACGAUGCCAAAAUACAUCGAAUUGCGAUACCGACUCGAUGUUAGUAGAGUUGAAAUUUUGAAACUUUACAGAACAAUUGUUUAUAAAAAUAUAGGAGAUAUUCUAGAUAAAAGGAACACAGCAUCUGAAACCGAUGUGAAAAAUCAGGCAGAAAAUUACUUGAACCUCAUUUCUCACGCGAUUGCGGAAAAGGAAUUCAUAACAGAUUAUCAUCGAUUUUAUCCCGUCGAUGACGACAUGGAAAUUCUCUCACAAGUUUGCCCCGAAGUCGAUUCGAUAAAGCGAGAUUUUAUUCUACAGUCGAUAUACGCGAUGAUUAUCAAAGAUAAGGUUGUAACUGGUGGUUAUAAAGAAGCUGUCGUUGGAACCAGUGGUGUGAGAACAAAUAUUCCACUCUUGGAAAAUGAAGUUUCGAGUGCUGGCGAACCUCCAAAGUGUAAAAAACCUACGGAGGAGGAAUUAAUUCGCCUCAUGUCGGAGGUGAAGGAAAUUCUUUGCCAUUUGGGAGAAGGUUUUAUUGAGAGGUGUUUGAAACAUUAUAAUUAUGAUAGUGCGAUGGUGAUCAAUGCUGUUUUGGAAGAUACAUUGCCUCCGAAUUUGAAAGAAGUAGAUAUUUCUUUACCGCACAUUCCGCCUGAUCCAGAGGAAGCAUCGGCUGAAGUUGAUUUAGCGAUAGGAGGUCAAAGACUGAACGUUUUCGACAAUGAUGAGUUUGAUAUUAUGACGAAUGAUAAAAUCGAUCGUACGAAAGUCCACAAAGGAAAAAGAAAAAGCAAGUAUAAAAACAUAAAUGAAAUGUUGAACGACAAAUCGGAAACAAAAGGAGUUGAGCACAUUUACAGUAAAUAUAAUCUCGUUUCUUACGAGUAUGAUGAUGAGUACGAUGAUACUUACGACAGUCACGAUAUUGGGGAAAGUGCUCAGGACGAUGCUUUAGAAAUGGACAGACCUUUCACAACUCCCAGGGUUCUACUCAGAAAGGAAAAAGUUGAGGAAGCUUUUGAGGAAGAGGAAGAUUUCGAUGAUAGUCCUGAACAGGGAAAUCGAGAUAAUUUUGUACAAAAUCCAGCAGAAUUGCGAGAAAAGGCGGAACAACGAAGGCUUUCGAGGCGGGGUGCUAAAGGUCCUCCGCAACGCGAUGUUGUUGGCAAUCCGAAAGGCCAAGGACAAGAAAAAGACGUCGUUGUGAGUCGUGAUCAGAAAAAUACAAACAAAGCUGCAAGAGCGAAUCACAAUCGUCGAGUUGGAUCUUCGUGGAAGAGAAGACAGGGCAUGAUACCCUCUUAAUUUAUUUAAGAACUACAUUGUCACAAAGUAGCCAAACCACAAACGCCAAUCGGAGUAAGAAGAUUUCACAAAAACAAUCGUUACUACCUGGAAAAUAAGAAAAGGAAAAAUUAUCAAAUAAUUUCAGCUGAAUUCAACUUCAACAAGGCUAAGAUCGUUUCUUUGAAUAAAAUACAAUUUUAAAUUAAAA